AUGAAGUUCUCAUCAGGUGUUUUAUUAUCCGCUGCUGCUGCUCCAGCUUUAGGUGCUUCCUCUGCAUACACUAACGGUACCUCUACCGCUACUGACUUGCAAACUACUGUUGUCACCAUCACUUCUUGUUCUGACAAUGCUUGUUCCACUGGUGUUCAAACUACCGGUGUUACCACUGUCACCAAGGACGAAACUGUUUACACCACCUACUGUCCAUUGACCGAAGGUGAAAGCACUUCUGCUGCUCCAGUUGAAACUAGUCCACCAGCUGGUGAAGAAACCAAGACCAACGUUGAAACCGCUGUUGUUACCAUUACUUCAUGUUCUAACGAUGCUUGUUCUACUGGUGUCCACACUACCGGUGUUACCACCAUCACUGAAAACGACACUGCUUACACUACUUACUGUCCAGUCAGUGAAGCUCCAGCUGGUACUACUCCAGCCGGUGAAGCUCCAGCCGGUACCACCCCAGCCGGUGAAGCUCCAGCUAGUGAAGCCCCAGCCGGUACUGCUCCAGCUGGUUCCGCUCCAGCAGGUGAAGCCCCAGCCGGUACUGCUCCAGCUAGUGAAGCUCCAGCCGGUACUGCUCCAGCUGGUGAAGCUCCAGCAGGUUCUGCUCCAGCUAGUGAAGCCCCAGCCGGUACUGCUCCAGCCGGUGAAGCUCCAGCUGGNUCUGCUCCAGCCGGUCAAUCUACCGUUGCUGCUCAAGCUACUACUCCAGCCGGUGAAGCUCCAGCUGGUUCUGCUCCAGCCGGUCAAUCUACCGUUGCUGCUCAAUCUACUUCUGCUGCUGAAUCUUCAGCCCCUGAAGUUUCUGCUGCUGAAGGUGCUGCUAACAACAAGGCUGCCCCAGUCUUCGUUGCUGGUUUAUUAGCUGCUUUAUCCUUAUUGUAA